AUGUAUGAGAGGCAAUCGGCUCAAAACAAAGCCUCACUCAUUCAAAGAAUUGUGAACUUGAAGUACAAGGAUGGGCAUAGUGCCUCAGAGCAUUUGAGUGACUUUCAAGAGCUUGUGAACCAGCUAACUACUAUGAAGUUAGCACUUGAUGAUGAAGUGCAAGCAUUGUUAUUUCUUAGUUCUUUGCCGGAUAGCUGGGAGACUUUGGUGGCCUCUCUUAGCAACUCAGCAGCUAAUGGCAAGUUGACGAUGGGAUUUUUCAAGGAUAGCAUGCUGAAUGAAGAGGCAAGGAGAAAAUAG